AUGAGUCAAGUAACUGUGGAGAACAAAGUGGAUGAUCCUUAUGGCCUGGCUGCUUUUUCGUCAAAGGCAGCCAAGAUCGCAGAUGCGAGAAAAAAUGAAUUCGACACUUCGCCUGGUAACGUAUUUCGAGACAAACUAAGGCAGCAGGCUGCAGUUAAUGGCGAUUACCAUUGGCCGUCGAUUUUUCCUGACAUUGACAAUGACGACGAUGCUCUCCUGACGUCUUCGAAGAAUGUGCGCAAGUCGAGUGAUGACCAACUUAGUCAAAAUGCUGUUACGCUUUCGCCUGGCGUCGACGCCCAAUCUCUAAUUAAUUAUUCACCUACUGUGGCGUACGAUCACCAUAAGCGAUCAGACGGUUUUCGAGCAAACAACACCCAGAUCGCGUCGCAACCGCAUCGUUUCUUGUACCAGGACAACGGCUUUCGCCCUUCACCUGUUCAUGCGACCAAUGCAUGGCGCUGCCCGGCUUCCAGCUCCACCGAGAAACAACCCGAUGUUACCAGCUCUGUCGGUUUCCAGACGAUGAACUACGCCAGUCAUAUCUCUAGUUCGACUGCGCUUCCGUUCGACAACGGUGACUUUUGCUUGCGCUCUCCGGCAGCGAAUAUCGGAGGAGGGGGAAAGAGCAGUUUUGGCGCCACUCUCAUCAACGGAGACGUGCCCGAUGCUAACGCAUUAGUCAAUCGAUUGGCGAUGCUAAAUCUGCAGAACCGAAUGCGUGACGGAUUCUUUGUCGACGACAAACCCGUCACAUCCACCUUUGAUCCGAAGCUGUAUAACACUGUACCAACCGUGCAAAAUAGCUCUGCUGCACUGGGACCCAGUGCAAUAAACCCGGCUUCCUUCGAUCAGCCAACUGUCAACAUCAACUGCAGUAGGUCCAUGAAUAUCAACGGACCUAUCGGUAGGUGUCGUUUCGGUCAUCAGUUUUUUUGCUCGAUCGUUAAUUAGCC